AUGUUGACUGGUCCUCGUGAUCAUCUUUAUUCAUCAAAACCACCACCCCCACCAACGCCACCACCUGCUUUUACUGAUGAUAAUUUAGCAAUGAAACAUGUACAAUUAAAUGAUUUAUUAAAAAAACUCAUUGAUAAAUAUCAAUUUGAUUCAGAAACUCCUGAGCAACAAACAAGACAAACCGAUUUAUUAGUUGCAGUUGCGCAAUUUAUACUUUCGCCACAUGAUAAACGGGAUUUUCUUAGUAAUGUUGUAACAAUCGGACAAGAUUUAUUAACCAAUGAAUAUUCAAUGCAUAGGAGUGAAGAAAUACCGCUUACAAUGAAUUCUAAUCAUCAAACGAAUCAAGAUAAAGAUGAAACAAUACUUGUUCCUGCAUCCAAUACAAUCAACAGUGAUAACGGUGAUGGAGAAUUUUCACUCAGUGAUCUUGCUAGUGAAUAUCUUCAAGAUGAGCCCUCACCUUCUACUUCAAAUGAAAAGUCGAUAACACCUACGGAAUCAGAAGAAUCUGGUUCACUAGUUGUUGAUCUUAGUAGCCAUAGUCUUUCAUCGUCACCUGCUUCACCAUCGUCGCCAAGUACAUUGGCAAAAAUUGUUUUGCCUUCACCAUCGAAUGAACCUCUUCUAAUCAAACCACCACUUGAAUCAAUACUAUUUACUAGUCGUUUAUCAUCACAAGAUGCUGCUGAUGAGGCCCAUUGUAUUUGGAAAGAAGAAUCAAGUCCAUUAGGUCAACUUCUUUGUACAAAAACAAUUGAAACACAAACACAAAUUACAAAACGUGUUUCAACGUGUUUAUUCGAUCGUAAUCUAUAUGAACGUUUAACGCAUCUGAUUCGUCUGUUACCUAAACAAUGCAUUCGAAGCAAUGUUCAACAAUUCUCUAUUCGGCAAAACAGCCAGCAACAACAACAACAACACAAGCCACACCGUUCAAAUAAUGAUAACCGACGUCCAUCCCACCGAGCAACGUUUCAACAGAAUUUAUCGCAAGUAAAUUCUCCAAUACAAGGCUUUCCAGGGGCUCAAAAUUCCCGUCAAUAUGUAAAUGCGAAUUAUUCAAAUCAACAAGGAAAUCCCGUUGGAUAUUUUGUUGAUCGAAGACAACCACAACAACAACAACACAAUCGAUAUCCACCUCCGCCAGCUGCCACACAGCACUAUGGUAAUCAAUAUCAACAAAAUCGGCAUCCAAAUUCACCGUCCUCUGCACCCUAUCCAAGUAAUCAACAGCAAAGACGUGCACCGAGAAAUAAUGCCUACAGUACUGGAUUUCAAGCACCAAAUGAUUAUCAGCAUACUCAUCAUCAACAAGGCGCAAAAAAAACCUCAGGUGGUGGUGGUGCUAGUAGCAGUAACAAAUUGAUGAAUGAAAAAUCAGGUGUGCCUGGAUCUGGUCCAAGUUUAAAUCCGAGAUAA